AUGAUGUGUGAACCCCGCUUCGGCACGAACUUCCCGCGUGAGGAUCCUGAUGACCGGGACAAGGUGGACCUCCGGGACCCGCGGGGCAUGAGGGACGCGGACUGUGAUGUGCUGUCAGACCGCGAUGAGGACGAGCGUGACUACGACCAGGACGAAGACGGUCUCCCCAAGAAGAGAGGCCCGCGGAAGAAGAAGGGGAAGGAGCAGAUGGACCGGGCCAAGAUGCGGAGGCAUGAGGCCAACGCACGGGAGCGCUCCCGCAUGCACGGCCUCAACGACGCACUCGAGAGCCUGCGGAAAGUGGUACCGUGUUACUCUAAAACUCAGAAACUGUCCAAGAUCGAGACUCUGAGACUGGCCAAGAACUACAUCUGGGCCCUGUCCGAGACCCUGAGUGCGGGCAAGAGGCCGGACCUGCUGGCCUUCGUUCAGACUCUGUGUAAAGGACUGUCCCAGCCCACCACCAACCUCGUGGCGGGAUGUUUGCAGCUCAACGCGAGGAACUUCCUCACUGACCACAACGGGGAGGUCAUGUUCAGCGGCCGCACUGCCUAUGACAGCAUGUACCCCUACCCCAGCACAGACACCCCCAGCGGCAGCGGCGUGGACAGCGGCAAAGCGUUCCGUCACUACAGCUACAGCAGCACGUACGAGCCGUACUACGAGCACGCGUCCUCGGAGAGCGGUGGCAGCCCGCACUUUGACCCUCAGCUCAGUCCUCCUUUAAACUUCAACGGGAUUUUCUCUCUCAAACACGAUGAGCCGCCGGAUUACGGCAAGAGCCACGCGCCCGCCGCGUCUCACUACGGAGCUAUGCGUUACUGCGGCGCGCCAGGACGCGCCACUUUGCCGCACAACUCCAUGUACAGAGUGUCCCCGGAGGCGCGCUUCCCGUACGAGCUCCACGUGCGCAGCCAGUCGUUCCAGGCGCAGGGGGAGGUCAGCGGCUCUUAUCACAAUUAA